AACACAUCCAGCCCAAGUCCCAAACAGAUCUGAUCUGAGAGUAUCUGACUGACUGCCUUCAGAUCUGAGUGUGGAGCUUCUCCAUCAUCAUCACCGGAUGCCUACUUCUUCCGGCCACAACCCCGACGUCUUUACUCCGUCCGCCGUGCAAUCGAAAAGCAUCCACUCCGAACUCCUCACCUAACGGCACCGGGCCCGUGCGUAUUCACGGCGGCGUCGUUCACGUUCCCGCCGCGCCAAUUCUCCCUAGUUUGUUCGGAAAUAACUAAUGGAAAAUGCUUUAAGGUUGCUCAAAGGUCGCGGCUUUCCUGGUAAGGUAUUCAUUACACCUAGGGCUGACCCGCUGGACACCUCAGGUCUGUAUUCCCCAACUAGUAGCAGGAGAAUCUCAGAUGAGACAAAGCCAAAUGAACAAGUUGAUCGAUCUUCUGAGGAAGAAGAAAGCAGAAGCAAUCCCGACCCUGGUUCAUCUGCUAACAAGAUAAAGCCAUCUACAUCAGAUUCAGAACCUAAGCAUAUAGAGAUUCCAAGGUCUCCCAUGGGCUCGAGGGCUACAGAUUCUGCUAGGUUAAUGAAGUUCACUAAGGAACUGUCUUCAACAAAUGUCGUCUUAGAAAAAUUGCGUGAAUUAGCUUGGAGUGGUGUUCCGCCUUAUCUGCGACCUUCAGUGUGGAGGCUUAUUUUGGGAUAUGCACCUCCUAAUUCAGAUAGAAGGGAGGGAGUUUUGGCAAGAAAGCGUCUUGAGUAUCUUGAUUGUGUUGCUCAGUAUUAUGACAUUCCAGACACUGAGCGCACAAAUGAAGAGAUAACCAUGCUUCGGCAGAUUGCUGUUGAUUGCCCUAGAACAGUGCCUGAUGUCACUUUCUUUCAACAAGAACAGGUCCAGAAAUCAUUGGAGCGCAUACUAUAUACGUGGGCCAUUCGACAUCCGGCGAGUGGCUAUGUGCAGGGAAUAAAUGAUUUAGCAACACCAUUUAUGGUUGUAUUCUUAUCGGAACACUUGGAGGGAAGCAUCGAAAAUUGGAAAAUGGCCGAUCUCCCUCCUGAGAAAAUAAAUAAUGUAGAAGCUGACUGUUAUUGGUGCUUAACAAAGUUACUUGAUGGCAUGCAAGAUCAUUACACAUUUGCCCAACCUGGAAUUCAACGAUUGGUCUUUAAGCUAAAGGAGUUGGUUAGACGGAUUGAUGAGCCCAUUUUAAGGCACAUGGAGGAGCAAGGUCUUGAAUUUCUACAGUUUGCCUUUCGCUGGUUCAAUUGUCUAUUAAUACGCGAGAUCCCUUUCCACCUGGUUAAUCGCCUAUGGGACACAUAUCUAGCAGAAGGCGACGCAUUACCAGAUUUCCUUGUAUAUAUAGCUGCCAGUUUCCUACUCACGUGGACAGACAAGCUUCAACAGCUUGAGUUCCAAGAUAUGGUAAUGUUCAUACAACAUCUCCCAACUCAUACCUGGAGUGAUCUGGAGCUGGAGAUGGUGCUCUCGCGUGCUUACAUGUGGCAUGCAAUGUUCAGUAGCUCACCCAGCCACUUAGUUAGCUAAUCAGCUCGUCUUCAACAACGGCCCGGUUCCUAGUACUUCCACUGCGAUUGAAGUAUGACCGCAUAACCACGCCCUGCGAAAAAGGUUUGGAGUGACAAAAUCUUUUUCCUAUUCGGUGUUACUUUUGCUUGUUCCUUGUUUGUUGAAUUGAAUAUACGUAAACACGAGGCCUGUUAUUUUCUUUGAACAAAACCAGCGUGUCUUGUAUUUAUUUAUUUGUUUGUUUGGGUUUUCACACUUCUCGAUCAACGGUUGUUUGUUUAACAUCUGUAAUCCUCAAUCGUUUGAUAAUUGCUCUGGUAGAGUCGGAGUUGUAUUUGAGGACCACAAUGGGAAAACAAGUCUUUAGUUAAUAUUUUUUUCACUUUGCCUAGACCAGUAAAAUGUUAAAGUCGCU